GAACGCAAAAUGGGUGAAACGAUCCGCGCCCAGCAUGUGGCCAGCUUCUUGGAGCACGAAGGACCUAUGACUAAUAACGACAUUAUGCAAAAUCUUAGAACGGUCACCCGGCUACCUGAUGCCAACUUUCUGGACUGUCGUCUUGAGAUAGUUGAGGACGAAUACCUGACGAUUUGGAUCGAUAGCGAAGCGGACCCAUCCGAAUGUUUCGACUUGCGAUGCAUAGACGAGGUUCAAGGUCUAAGUACAAAGAAAAAUGACCAACACCUGCUAGUCUUCCGGUUUCGAGCUAGCGAACUGACCAAUGGGGAGUGUCCGGACGAAGUGCAUAUCUUCGAACUUGGCACAGAAGCAAAUUUGAAAUGGGCCACGGACACGAUAGGAAUAGCUGCGGAAAAUGCAAGCGACACAGGCCUUCUUGAGGAGCUCAACCGCCUUCUUGCUGAAAUAGAAUCCUUCGAGGCCAACCUCCAUGAUGCACUUACCUUUCAGAUUCCGGGUUCUGGAAAAAUUGAUAGAUCACUUUGGCGAGACAGUUUGAGUCCUCCGUCCUAUGAGACAGCCGUCCGAAAUAUUCAAAACAUUCGAACAUGCAUCAACUACACAGCAGAAUUAGGGGAUCUCAUUACAGAUCCAGGCCCCGGUGAACUUCUUAAUAGGCUCUUCGAGUCGCUUUGGUGGAUCCAGAAGAUUUGUGAUUCAAACCGUGUGGUGCAGUACAACCCGAACAUGAUUCGCUCAGUCUCAAAGCCACCUUUCACAGACCGAUCGCUAUCAUUGUUAAUGCGAUACUUAGAGCCGCAGAAUAAGGCAUAUUGGAGCAGUUUGGGUGACGCGUGGACACAACCAGGACUCGUUGUUGCAAAGCAAAAGAACGUGAGUGAAGCAGCCAGAGAACUGAGCGUCAAUGUUGGUGACAUCUUGGAGGGCCAUAAUGCCGUAAUCUAA